AUGUCAAUAGAAAAAUUAGGCCAGAUCAUGUGCAGGGAUGACAUCAAGAGAGUUGCUGAGUUCGAGGAUGAUGGGCAAGAUAUGGAUAAAGAUAAUAAAGAAAAUAAUGCUGUAGAAGAAGAUGAAGCGAAUUUUGAUAAAGGAAAAAAUGAAGAAGAAGGCGACGACACCGAGGAAGAAAUGGAAAUUGAGUGCCUUAUGGACGACGAAUUUCGCAGUCUGCGAUGA